AUUGCUGUAAAAAGUUGAAUGACAAUUGAUUAUUACGAAGAACGAAGUAAAGCAUAAAUAAACUUUGUUACUUUACUUUGUUGUUGUGAGGUCAGGCGAGGCGACGAGUGAGUUAGGCAAGCUUACACGGCUUAAUUAAACAAAAUUGAUAUAUGUCAUGAUCAUGUAAUGACUAGUGUAGGCAGGAGAUUGGCCGUGAGUGAAGCCCUUGGAUUACAAUUUUUGGUGUGUUCUCAUAACCCUGCUUCACUAUGAUUCAGUUUUGCGUUAUUGCAAAUAAGCAAGGCAGAAUUCGUCUUCGAAGAAUUUACGAGCAUAUUGAAGAGAAAAACCAACAUGAAUUAGAGCUAGCAGUGGUUGGAAAGUGUCUCUCACGCUCAAGCAAACAGUGCAACUUUUUCUACCAUGAUCACUUGACAGUUGUGUACAAGAAGUUUACAACUUUAUGUUUCAUCUGUGUGGUGACAAAAGAUGAGAAUGAACUUGCUAUGCAAGAAAUUCUCAAUGUCUUCAUGGACUGCCUUGUUGCCUACUUCCAUCACGUUUCUGAACUUGAUAUUGUGUUCAAUAUUGAGAAAGUGUACCUGAUACUGGAUGAGAUCAUUGUCAAUGGCUGUGUGGGCUUUACAAGCAAGGAAAGAGUCCUGGUCCCCUUACAAUUAUUGGAGGCUGGCAGCUGACCCACGUGAAUACUGGAACCAUUGGACAUAAAGGACAGUUCAGAGCCAAACAUGGGGACUGGAAGUUGCUCUGCCAGGGAUAAGGAAAUGAAUUUGUUAUAAUCAUAAUAAUCUUUAGAGUAAAUUAGUCACUUGCUUGCAUGGCGAGAAAUGAGCAGUUUCCUUUUCAGCACUUUGCUUCUUUUCACACCUGUGAAAGUGAAGGCAUGUUAACCUCCCUGAAUCUUGAGGCCAUUGCAUUAAUUUUUAUUUUUCUGCAAUGUUUUUUAUUUCCUGUAUUAAUUUUGUUUUAUAGUAAUGUUUAUGUCUCUUUGUUUUGACAGUUUCAGAAUUCCAAGAAGCCUCUAUGGUUUUCUUGGUACUUCUAGUCAUUUGUACUUAUUUAUAGCAUUGAUAUUUGAAGAUGGUAUUUAAAACUGUUGAAUGCAGAAAAUGA